CUAGUCACGGCGCCCCCGGGUGGAGGCCGCUCCUUCCUAUAUCCGCGUUCCACCAAUCAGCGGGCGGCGUGCUGCUGUUGCUAGGCAGAUUAUGCUAAUCCGGCCCCGGCCGCCAUCUCUGCAGCUACCAUUGUGAGCCAUGUUGCCCCGGCUGUGUAAGUUGUGUUUGAGGAGAAGCACAGAGAACAGGUGAGAGCUCUGCGUCGAGCUCCCGCACAGAAGAGCAACCACCGCCUACAAGAUUUAUCCAAGAUGGACGCCAAACAGGAAGGCGCUCACGUCUGGCAGCGUGCGGAGGAUCAUCAGCCCGGCACUGCCCAGGUGCAUUUUGUUCCAGAUGGUGGCGCCGUGGCACAGAUUGUAUACAGCGAUGACCAGGAUCGCUCAUCGCAGCAAGUGGUGUACACGGCGGAUGGCUCGUCGUUCACAUCAGUGGACGCCUCUGAACACACCCUGGUCUACAUUCACCCUGUGGAUGGCUCUCAGACUCUCUUCACAGACCAGCCGCAGGUUGCUUACGUUCAGCAAGACGCUACUACCCAGCAGGUGACCGUGUUGCUUCCUGCUGGCCAGACCAUGAAUACCGCUAACCUGGCAGUCCUCAGAAGUGUCCCCGACUCUGCCCAAGCCAUGUCUUUGGAGUCUAUGUCACAGGCAUCAUUAUCGGUUCACGAUGGCGGCUUACCUCCUGUGGAGGAUGUGGAGAGCACAGCAAACAUGACUACAUUGCAAAGUCCGAAUGACAACUCGCAGGCCAAGGACGAUGAGGAUGACGACGACGACGACGACGAUGACGACGACGAUGAGGAUGACGAGGAUGAGGAUGAAGAAGGGGAGGACUCUGAUAUGGAUGAAUGGGAAGCCGACCCACCACGACCUUUCGAUCCCAAUGACCUGUGGUGUGAAGAGUGCAACAACGCCCAUCCCUCCGUGUGCCCCAAACACGGGGCCCUCCAUCCCAUUCCGAACCGCCCUGUGCUGACCCGAGCCCGAGCCAGCUUGCCCCUAGUCUUGUACAUCGAUCGCUUCCUCGGAGGGGUGUAUUCCAAGCGACGGAUUCCCAAACGCACACAAUUCGGACCUCUGGAAGGACCUUUAGUGAAGAAGUCAGAGCUGAAGGAUGGCUACAUUCAUCUGAAGGUGUCACUCAACAACCCCCUGAGCUCCCAGGAAACCUUUCAGGAGGAUCUCUGGUUUGACCUGUUCGAGGAGAGUCUCUGUAACUGGAUGAUGUUUGUCCGGCCGGCGCAGAACCAUUUAGAGCAGAACCUAGUGGCCUAUCAGUACGGCCAGCACAUCUAUUACACCACCAUUAAGAAUAUCGAACCCAAGCAGGAACUGAGGCGUUUUUUUAGCAUGCGUUUAAUCUAUUACACUGUCCUCCGAGAGCAAGAGAAGAACUGGCCAUGUUAUGAAUGCAACCGCCGCUUCAUGAGCUCCGAACAACUACAGCAGCACCUCAAUUCCCACGACGAGAAGCUGGACUUCUUCAGCAGAACCAAGGGACGCGGCCGAGGGAGGACGAAGAGGAAAUUUGGACCCGGGAGGAGGCCGGGGAGACCUCCAAAAUUUAUGCGCUUGGAUUUCUCUGGAGAUAAUCGGGAAAAGUGCAGUCUGGGGGGUCAGGACCUUCUGCAUUUCCAGAGUAAACGGUCGCACUUUGAAGAGAUGGGUCACGCUACGAUGAAUGGUCUGGAUCAAUCCGAACUCUCUCUGGGUACAGUGUCGCAGGAUCCAGCCGACCACCAGCAGCCAGACGGCCAGGUCCUGCAGGCCGGUGUCCCCCCUGCGCAGUCCCCAGCCGCCGUGUCCCAUAGCGUCCUGACGCCUGAAGACAUGCGGAGAGCCAAGCGUAUUCGGCUGGAGCUGCAGAACGCCGCUCUGCAGCACCUCUUCAUACGGAAGUCCUUCCGGCCGUUCAAAUGCUUGCAGUGCGGAAAGGCCUUCAGGGAGAAGGAGAAGCUGGACCAGCACUUGCGUUUCCACGGGCGAGACAGCAACUGUCCGCUCACCUGCGACAUCUGCAACAAAGGCUUCAUCAGCACCAGCUCCCUGGAGAACCACAUGAAGUUCCACCUGGACCAGAGGACCUAUUCCUGUAUCUUCUGCCCGGAGUCGUUUGACCGCCUGGAUCUGCUGAAGGACCACGUCGCUGUGCACGUUGUCGAUGGCUGCUUCAGCUGCCCUACCUGCAAGAAACGCUUCACGGAUUUCAUUCAGGUGAAGAAACAUGUGCGAAGCUUCCACUCGGAAAAGAUUUACCAAUGUACGGAGUGUGAUAAAGCUUUCUGCCGGCCGGACAAACUGCGUCUACACAUGCUCAGACACUCUGACCGCAAGGACUUCCUCUGCUCCACGUGCGGGAAACAGUUCAAGAGAAAAGACAAGCUGAGGGAACACAUGCAGCGAAUGCACAAUCCAGAGAGAGAGGCCAAGAAGGCGGACCGCACGGGACGCACCAAGGCCUUCAAGCCGCGCCUCGCUUCCACGGACUACGAAAGCUUCAUGUUCAAGUGCCGCAUGUGUAUGAUGGGAUUCCGGAGGAGGGGCAUGCUGGUCAAUCACCUGUCAAAGCGCCACCCCGAAAUGAAGAUCGAGGAGGUCCCAGAGCUGACGCUGCCCAUCAUCAAACCCAACCGGGACUAUUACUGCCAGUACUGCGAGAAGGUCUAUAAAAGUGCCAGCAAAAGGAAAGCGCAUAUCCUGAAGAACCACCCGGGAGCAGAGCUGCCUCCCAGCAUACGGAAACUGAGACCAGCGGGGCCCGGAGAGCCAGACCCCAUGCUUAGCACUCACACACAGCUCACAGGGACCAUAGCAACACCUCCGGUCUGUUGUCCGCACUGUGCCAAGCAAUACAGCAGUAAGACGAAGAUGGUUCAGCACAUACGCAAGAAACACCCAGAAUUUGCUCUGUUACCGAUCACAACGCAGACAGCGAUGAUCAGUACAACCCCCACUGUUCUCACGGCUGACGGCACGAGUGGGGAGACUGUGGUGACCACGGAUCUCCUAACGCAGGCCAUGACGGAACUAUCGCAGACCCUGACCACUGAAUACCGCACUGCGCAGGGAGACUUCCAGCGGAUCCAGUACAUCCCGGUGUCACAGGGCACCGGCGGCAUGCAGCAGCCACAGCAUAUCCAGCUUCAAGUGGUGCAGGUUGCUCAGGCUCCGUCUCCGCACCAGACACAGCACUCUACGGUGGACAUGGGGCAGCUGCAUGAAACCCAGGCCUACACCCAACACGCCAUCCAGGUGCAGCAUAUCCAGGUAGGGGGUCAGUCCCUCAGCCCCUCAUCACAGGAAACCGAUCAGAAUGUCAACCCCUCGCAGAUGGAGACCGUGACCUCUCAGGCACAGACCAACUCCGCAGUGCAGCACACCUACCUGUCCAGCGGCUGGAACUCUUUCCGCUACCCUUCUGAGAUCCAGAUGAUGUUACCCCAGGGGCAGUAUGUCAUCACCGAGGCAACUGUGGGCAGUCCUGUUGCUCCGGUCACCGGCGGUCAAGUGAAAGCAAUACAGACACACUAUGUCAUAUCGGAGAGCCAGGGCGAUGUGGAGAUGAAGAAGAACGGCCAUUUGAUGGAAGAAGUCACCAGUUCGGAACAUCUGGAGCAGACGUCUGGUAAUCCCCCGCAGCCGGCGCAGUACAUCAUCGCCACCAACAUGAACGGCAGCAGCGAGCUGCACAUCGCCAAACCCUGAGACCGGACCGGGUCCCCGCGUGCU